CACCAGGUAAAGACAAAAGUGCAGAGUCUGAAAUAGCUAAUCUGUGGACGGCAACAGAUAAAGUAAGGGAUCAUAAACUUGUUUCAACACUCUCCGUGGACAUAUGUUCAUAUACCUAGGGUACCCCUAAUGCUUCUGCUGUUGUAGACGCUAAAUCUCUGCCUCAGUACUCAUGUCAUCAUGAGAGUGGAACUUCCUAACCCAGGUCUGGAUCUCCGGAUCCCUGACCACAAGGAUCUGGAGAGGAUGGAGAAGGAGGAGGCUGGGGACAGGCCCAAGUGGGACAACAAAACCCAGUACAUUCUAACCUGUGUGGGUUUCUGCAUUGGGCUUGGUAACGUGUGGCGAUUUCCUUACCUGUGUCAAAGUCAUGGAGGAGGUGCCUUUUUGAUUCCUUACUUGAUCCUGCUGGUGCUGGAAGGAAUGCCUCUCCUGCUGCUGGAGUUUGCCAUCGGCCAGCGCCUCAGGAAAGGCAGUGUGGGAGUGUGGAGGGCCAUUCACCCUUAUCUGACUGGUGUUGGUAUAGCUUCCAUGUUGGUGUCAUUUUUGGUUGGACUGUACUACAACACCUUAAUAGCCUGGAUCAUGUGGUAUUUCUUCAAUUCCUUUCAAGACCCGCUGCCUUGGACUCAGUGUCCUCUCAGUGACAAUGGCACAGCAUUUGUGCCGGAGUGUCAGCGGAGCUCCACCGUGGAUUACUACUUUUACCGAGUGACUCUCAAUAGUUCAACCUCUAUAGCUGACUCUGGAGGAAUCCACUGGCCCAUAGUAGUCUGCCUGCUAGCUGCCUGGACGCUCGUUGCUAUCUGCUGUAUAAGGGGGAUCAGUACUUCAGGCAAGGCAGUGUACGUCACAGCCAUUCUGCCUUACAUAGUGCUGGCCAUCUUCCUGAUUCGAGGACUGACUCUUAAAGGCGCCCUGAGUGGAAUAAAGUUCCUCUUCACACCAGACGUGGAUGAAUUGAUUAAACCAACUACUUGGCUGGAUGCAGGUGCCCAGGUCUUUUAUGCCUUUGGUUUGGCAUGGGGAGGCCUCAUCUCCUUUUCAAGUUAUAACCCUGUUCACAACAACUGCAUGCAAGAUGCUGUGAUCCUGUCAGCUGUAACUGGCUUUACCUCAAUCUAUGCUGCUACAGUCACCUAUUCCAUCAUUGGCUUCAGGGCCACAGAGAAAUAUGACAACUGUAUCAGCAAUAACAUCAUGACAUUGUUAAAUGCAUUUGACCUUCCUGAAGACAGCAUCACAAAAGACAACUACGACGCAGCCUUUAGUCAUUUUAACAGCUCCAAUCCCGAUAUUGUUUUUGGACUGGACAUGAAAGCCUGUGACAUGCAGAAACUUCUCAGUGAGGGUGUGGAGGGAACAGGUCUGGCCUUCAUUGUGUUCACAGAAGCCAUCACCAAGAUGCCUGGUUCUCCAGUCUGGUCUGUCCUCUUCUUUGUGAUGCUUCUCUGUUUGGGACUCUCAACCCUGUUUGGUAACAUUGAGGGGGUGGUGGUCCCACUGAAAGACCUGAAUGUAUUCCCUAAAACAUGGCCCCAUGAAGCGCUAACUGGAGUAACAUGUAUUGUUGCUUUCGUCAUCUCCCUCCUGUUUGCACAGCAUUCAGGGAUUUAUUGGGUAACGCUCUUUGACAAUUUUGCCGGAUCAAUUCCACUGCUGACCAUUGGAUUCUUUGAGAUGAUAGCUGUUGUUUACAUUUAUGGCAUAGACAGGUUCAAUGCGGACUUGGAGUUCAUGGUCGGACACAAGCCCUCCUUCUUCUGGCAAGUUACAUGGAGGUUCAUCAGUCCUCUCGUUGUUCUGGUCAUUUUAGUUUUCUACCUGGUGACGCAAGCCCAAAAAAAGCUCACCUAUUUAGUCUGGGAUCCCAGCUCUGAGAAGUUCCCUUCUCUGGCAUCAAUACCAUACCCUUCAUGGAUCAGUGUGAUCAUCUUUGUUCUGGCUGGAAUCCCCAGUCUGGCAGUGCCUCUGUAUGCAUUAUGUAGGCUGGUCUUUGUUUGUUGCAAGAAAAAAAUAGGCAGAAAAUGAGCCAAUUGUCCGAACCAGUGCUGCACAUUCAGGCAUUGCAAUGGUUUGUCUAUUUAUACCCAUUUACAGGUUCUUAAAGCACAAUACUGUUUUACUCAUGCACUUUAGAAAAGUACAUUUCUGCUCAUGUUUUGUGCAAAUUCAUUGCCUUUGUAUGAAUAUACUGCACUUAUUCAUGCACAGAUUAGUCUGUUAAUAUGGUUUCUUGUUGUAUUGGACCUUUCAAAAUUGAUAGACAA